AUGAAGUUUCAUCCAGGGUGGAUAGUUUGGAUUUGGGCGUGCAUUUCCUUAGUCCUAUGCCAAGAUGGCAUCGGUACCAACAAUGCAACGAAGAAUUCCAUACUAUCGGAAGUUACAAAAUUACAAAAUUUUGAAGCUACGACGUCACAAAAGCCUACCCUUACGGUUCGAGAAGAGCAAAUUGAAGAUGAGUUAAGUAAUGGUGCUACUACUACAGAAAAGUUUAUGGAAAAACGUAAGUUUAUAAUUAAACCUUUAAAAGAAAACGAAGAAUACCGGGAAGUCUUUACAGUCAGAUUCAAUGAAACCGGUCCAACUACUAUAAGAAGUAGUCUCAGUUCGACCAAUAAAAUUAAAACUUCGUUUUCGUCAAGCUUCACAAAAUAUGAUGAGCCUGAAGAUGUCACCGAUAGUGAUGAUUCUGAUUUUACCACAUCAUUCGAUGGUUUGACGAAAAAAGGACCCAUCGAUAAUGGAGAGAGAAAAACUAGACAACGUUUAGAUGGAUUAAAAGGUGUUACGACAAAUAGGGGGAAAACGAGAUUCCAAAAUGAACAAGGAACUUCAGAAAUUCCAGAAAUUUUGACAAUUUUACGUCACAAAAAACCUAUUAGAGUUAAACCAAUUGAUCAAACCGUUAAAGAUGAUGUUGCUUCGACUUCAACAGCUGAUGAUUUAAUUGAUACUACUACAAUAAUGGAUAAUUCUGAAAUUGAACUGCAGAGGCCAAAGUUCAAAAAACCACCACUGAUUGCUACUCACCAUCCAAAUUUUGGAACUUCAACUGAAGCAUCUCGUAGGCCCACAAUUAGAUCAAAUUUAAAUUUAAAACAAAAAAUAAUGUCUUCUACAAUUAAAACAAAACCGUUUGAACCAGAUGUAACGGAGCCUGAAAUUAUAAUAGCCAACAACAAUACAGCUGAAGUCGGCUCUCCUAGUGUGCAAUUAAAUAAAAUGAGACCAAUUAAAGUGAUUGCUUCAAAAGGGUCAGCAGCUCAACAGCCUAUUCCACCAACAGCGACAGCUUGGGCUUUGGCAUCAUUAAAAGCGCCAAAUAACACCAAUAGAAUUUUCAAGAAACCUUUAAAUGUAACAAGUGUGCAAGAAACAGUUACUAAAAUUAAACCGUUCAUUACUUGGUCUACUAGAUUGCAAAAAACAAACGAAGACAAUUUAAACACAACUUCUACUUCAAACGGUGCAUUAGCCUCUGGGGAGUCCAACGAGACAUUUACAGGUACGCCUGAAACAUACGUAUCAUUGAGUGAAUCGAGUACUACUAAUCGAUCAACUCCGGAAAUUACAUCGACGGAAUCUUUAAUACAUACAAUUUCAAUGUUGUCAACGGGUCAUAUACCAAAUAUAAAUGAUUCUACCAUGAGUGUUUUUGGUGGUGACACUGAUCAAAAUAAGUACGAAGUAUAUGGAUCUCAAAAGCCUGAUGUUGAAAAUGCAACUACAGUAAUUGAAACAUUGCGUCCAUCGUCAUCUACAACGCCCACGGAAUCUCAAAAUUCUAAUUUGUUGUUAGUAACAUCUUAUAAAUCAAUUUUCGAAAAUAAUAAUACUUCAGAUGUCCAACAAAAUAUUUUUACAUCGUCUGAAAUCCCUGUGUCACAAACCGCACCGAAAAUAGAAGUUACAAAAGUUGAAUUUACAACACUAUCGACGGACCCAUCAAACAUUUUACAUAAUAGUGGGGUAACGAUAAAUACUGAAGAUGUAGGAGACCAUAAAUUACCAGUGGUACAGACUUCUACUGAAACAUUUAGUAAAGCACCGGGACUUUUAUUUGAUUAUUCAGAAUAUCACGAUAGUAAUAAAAUGCCGACAACGACUGGAGUCCAAUCGAGUAAUUCAGAUAUAGAAUUUUCGAUUUCUCAUGAUGAUAUUGAUUUAAAUAACCAAAAUCAUUCGACUACUACUGAACAUUAUAUAGAAAGUAUUAAAACUAAGUUAGAUGAUAAAAUAACAGAAUCAAUGGACAAUCACGAUUCACUGGAAAUGAUUGAUUUUACACAUAUGUUUUCGUCUGAGAAUCCUAUACCUAGCUCUACUGCAGGAACUGAAGUUGUAACAGCGAUCCCAGAAAAAACCUCAUCGGAAUUAUCCCAACUACCAUCUAAUGACAUAUUGAAUACUUCUCAAGCUCCUAGUUGGUCCAACACUCCUGAUCCAUCUUUUAUUGAUUUCGAAUAUAACUCAACGGACAGCCAUGAUGAUGCAGGAGAUGAUGGCCAAAAAACAUUUGAAUCCUCUUCACAAGGUCCCAUGGCAGUUAAUGAACCAACUUCGGAAUCUGAUAUUUCUGAAAACGAUGUUCCUAUAGUCACUAGUUUAUUAAGUUCAACAACAUCAACUACAUCAACAACAACUACAACAACAACAACAACCACAACUACUACAACGACUCCGAGACCAACAACAACAACCACGACAACUCUGAGACCCACCACCACAACUACAACCACACUCAAACCAAUACCAACAACAACUACAACUACUCCAAUACCAACAACUACACAAAAAAUAACAACGACUACUUCUCGACCUAUAGUAGUUGAAAUAACUACUCCUACUACAACUACUACUGUGAAGCCGUCCUCCACACAAUCUUCCACCACUACAUCACCAAAUAAACAAACCACAACAACUAUUAAGCCAAAUUCAAUUACCUCAAGACCAAAACCAGCUGUGGUCGAUUCGAGUACGACUACUUUGGGACCAAAUCAACCAAUCGUUCAAUCAUAUUUAAACGUUAUGAUUAACUCGACUAUGGCAGACGUAUGUGAAAACAAAGACGAACUUAAGGAUGCUAUUAUUAAACUAUUUGAAAGUGGUAGCGAAAGUGUUCAUUCGAAAAAUCAAAUUAAAUUCCUUAACGUCUUCGAAAAACACUGUUUUCAACCUAAUGAUGAGAAAAGUCCGGUGGAAGUUGAAUUUUACUUGUUGAACAGUAAUGGUGAUUAUAACACGUUUAUGAACGAAGAGUUUAUUAACUUACUACAGAACCAUCCAUUUGAUUACAAAUCAAACGUAAUAAAAGCCAAGUUUAUGAAACGAGCUAUAGAAAUUGACAUUGAUAAGGAUGAAACUGAAAAUCCAAGGGUGAAGGCGGCCAUAUAUUUAUCAUGUAUAGCCGGUGUUUGCACCCUCCUUGUAUUGAUUUUAAUAAUUGUCCGCAAACGUCAAAAACGAUUCAACUAUGGACAAAGGUGUACUCCAGUUUCAUUGGACGACUAUAGUAUGGACAAUAUAUCGGUGUUCAACAGCUUUAGAAGAAAAGGCGCUCGUAGAGCAUCAAAACGGUCAUAUGGAAAUCCUGCUUUCGACGAAUCUUCGGCUUGUUCACACGUAUUGAACUUUGCUGGGCUCGUGAGCUUCUCGGAAGACCGACCGGCGAUUGAUGAGGAGUUUUCCAAUGUACCAGUGAUCACAGUGAAACCUGACGAAUUGCCACCGGGUGCUGAAACGAAAAACCGUUAUGCCAAUGUCAUACCAAUGCCAGAAACGAGAGUUCUGCUGAAUCCACGUGGUUCUGGACUGAAUUCGGACUACAUAAAUGCCAAUUUUGUCAAGGGAUAUAAGGGUGCUGACAAGUUUUAUAUCGCUUGUCAAGCUCCAAUGCAGUCCACCGUGCCUGAUUUCUGGCAAAUGAUUUGGGACCAAAAUACUAGAGUCAUCAUUAUGGUCACAAGUUUGACUGAGAAAGGAGUGGAAAGAUGUGCUGACUAUUUACCGCCUUCCGAAGUCUUGGAUUGUCACCGGUUGUUUGGUGAUUAUCAAAUAACAUUGAAGAAACGCGAAGUAAAGGAGAAGUUUAUCAUCUCCAAUUUACAGUUGAAGAACCUGGAGACUAACCUUUGGCGGGACGUGACACACCUGUGGUAUGGAGGUUGGCCGGUGCAAGGUGUGCCGUCCGACCCGGGUGCAAUGUUGGCGUUCGUCAUGGAGGCCAGAUCGCACAUGAAGACCAACAGCGGCCCUCACGUGGUGCACUGCAGCCCCGGCACCGGUCGGACGGGGACGGUUAUCGCAUGCGACAUGGCCAUCAGAGAUUUUGAACUCACGCGGACCGUCGACGUCCCGAAAACGGUGUACGCGAUCCGGCGGUGCAGGGCGGGAGCGGUCCAGACCAGAGACCAGUACGCUCUCAUAUACAAGGUGGUAAAUCUGUAUGCAAGUAAACUCUCAGGAGGUGUAUUGGAUUCGUUUUAA